AUGCGAAGGUGGAGCCCAACUCAGCCACAGUUCUGGCAUCAGCGCGUGCGGGAAAGGCAAUCAGUGGCAGCACGCUCUUGCGCUGUUCAGCGAGAUGUGGGAGGUGAAGCUGGCGCCCAACUCAGCUACAAUGCUGUGAUCAGCGCGUGCGAGAAGGGUGGGAAGUGGCAGCAGGCACUAUCGUUGCUGGACGGGGUGAGGGGGGCAACACUCGAACCCGAUAUCAUCACCUACAGUGCUGGGGUCAGCGCGUGCGAGAAAGGCGGGCAGUGGCAGCUUGCAUUGUCUUUGCUCAGGGCGCCAGUGGCGGCCGCAUUGGAGCUGGAUGUUGUGGUGUACAGUGCUGGGAUCAGCGCGUGCGAGAAAGGCGGAGAGUGGCAGCACGCUCUUGCGCUGCUCAGCGAGAUGUGGGAGGCGAAGCUGGAGCCAAAUAUCAUCAGUUAUAGUGCUGUAGUGAGUGCGUGUCAGAAAUGUGCAUUCUGGGUGCAGGCGUUGACCGUAUUGGGAGACAUCAGGAAGGUUAGGCUGAAGCCGAACACCUUCAGUUACAACGCUGCAGUCAGUGCGUGUGCGACGGGUGAGGGUUGGCAGAUGGCGAUUGUUUUGUUCAGCGAGAUGUUGGAAUCAAGGGCCGAUAUAGAUAAUAUCGGCUACACUGCUGGAAUCACUGCGUGUCAGAGAGGUGAGCAAUGGCAACGCGGUUGGUUCUUGUUCUGCGAGAUGGCCGGCGUGAAGUUGGAGCCGAACCUCAUCUGCUACAAUACUAUGAUUAGCACCUGCGGGAAAGCAGGGCUUUGGCAGCUGACCCUGUCGCUGCUCAGCAAGCUAGGGGAUGUCAAGAUGAGCCCAGACGUGAUCAGCUACAAUGCCGGAGCCAGCGCGUGCGAGACUGGUGGGCAGUGGGAGCGCGCGCUUUCAUUGCUGAGCGAUGCGAUGGAGGCGAAGCUUGAGCUGAGCGUCUCCAGUUAUAAUGCUGGAAUCGGAGCGUGCGAGAAAGGCGGCCAAUGGGAUCUUGCACUGUCGCUGCUGCACGAGCUGCCGGAGCUGAAACUGGAGCAAGACGUUAUCGGAUACAACAGGGGCAUCAGCGCGUGCGAGAAGGGUGCACAGUGGGAGCGGGCGUUGGCGCUGCUCAGCGCGAUGCGGGAGGUGAUGUUGGAACCAGACGUCGUUAGUUUCACUGCUGGAAUAAGUGCUUGCGGCAAGGGUUUGAUGUGGGAACUGGCGCUGGCAUUGUUAGGUCAGACGCGGGAUGCAGAGCUGGAGCCCAAUGUCGUUUCCUACAGUGCUGGAGUUGAUGCUUGUGCGAGAAGGAGCCAGUGGCAGCAGGCGCUUUUGACAAUUAACGAGGCGAUCAAGGCGAAUGUAGAGAUGAACAUUAUCGGCUAUUCCGCUGGGCUCUGUGCUUGUGGGAAUGCCGGGGCAUGGCAGCAGGCUUUGUGGUUGUUCGCGAUGAUUCUGGAAAGCAGGUUGUCCCCUGACGCCGCGACCCACACCGCUGCAGUAAAGGCGUGCGCGACAGGAGGGCAGUGGCAGCUGAGCCUGUCCUUGCUCGGAGACACCUUCGGGAAUGUACUGCCCGUGCUGAUCACUUAUAAUGCUGCGAUCAGCGCGUGCGCGAAGGGCGAGCAGUGGCAGCGGGCCCUUGCCCUGCUGAGCGAGAAGUGUGAGGCGAAGCUGGAGCUCGAUGCCCCCGUCAGCUACAGCGGUGGGAUCGGCGCGUGCGAGAGAAGCGGGCAGUGGCUGUGGUUUCUGGCGCUGCUGAGCGAGAUGUAG